GCACAAACCCUGUUCUCUGGACUUUCUGAUCACAUCAGCUGAACUGUAAGCUAAUACAUCACCAUGCAGUCUCCUGGAAAAUCUCUGAAAGAAGCUCUGCUCUGUGCUCAGAGCGAGGAUCGACUCACUGUUGGAGUCUAUGAGAGUGCUAAAAUUAUGACUGAUGAUCUAGACAGUGUGUCUUUCUGUGUCCUGGCUGUGGAUGAGGAGUUCGAGUGCGACAUCGCUCUGCAGAUCCACUUCACCCUCAUCCAGUCCUUCUGCUUCGACAACGACAUCAGCAUUGUCAGAGUGAGCGACAUGCAGCGUUUGGCUGAGAUUGUUGGCGACAAGGCAGAGCAGCUUGAAGAUGCCCACUGCGUCCUCAUCACGAACCCAGCUGACGGGUCUUGGGAGGACCCUGCUCUGGAGAAGCUGCACCUGUUCUGUGAGGAGAGCCGGCGUCUGAACGACUGGGUCCCUGAGAUCAGCCUGCCCAAGCGCUGAUCUGGGACUCGGCUCCCUCUCUUGCUCAGAUGCUGUAAAGCUUCUUAUUUGGAAAUACUCAUCCUGAUGAACAGGAUGACCCUGUUUCUGCUCAUCCCUGGAUACUCCUGAGGAGGAUUCCGUCCAGGCAGCACGGCGCCGGCCCGAGGGGCCCCCCGUGAACCGUCGCCUCUUGUCCCGUCCAUGCCAAGAUGACUCUCAUUCUUUAUGUGAAUGAGGUCAGGUAUGCCGCAAGAGCGACACAUCGACCCUCAUUCUUUGUGCGGAUGAGGUUUGGAGAGGAAGGAGAAGCGAAUUCUGCGUCCUGUGGUUCCACAGAGCAAAUGUCGCACUCUGAAGCACGCGCAGCAGGAGAAGAAGCGGUGCUGAGAAAGAGGCAUUCUUAAAAAGAGACUUUUUAAAGAUGUCCUCUUCGCUGAGCAACAUGACAACAGUUGCAAUCAGCGCAAAUGUUUCCCACUUUCCAGAAUUGUCUUAAUUCUCUAAAGGUUUCACUUUAGAAAUUUAAUGAUGACAAAAAAUAUUCCUCAAAAAAGUAUUGGAAAAAUACUAUCUAAAGGUUUUUACUUUAGGUAUUUAACAUUGAGAGAAAAAUACAAAAAAGUGUUAAAAAGAAAAGAAAAAAGUGUGAAUCUGAUUUUGAAUCUGAAAAUAUGAAAAAUAUGGGAAAAAGAAAACUGAAAAUGUACUACUUCUUGAAGGUUUCACUUCAGCUCGAUUUAUGUCAAAUGAAAUAACUUGUACACUGCAUAUUUUUUUGUAAGAUGGAAACAUAGAAAUAAAAUAUUUGAACUCAA